AAGCACUCACGACAGUCGCCCCAUACGUGCUCAGCCUGCAGAAGCCGUAAGGUUCGAUGCGACGGCCGAAGAGACAUUUGCAGGAAUUGUGAGAGGUUGGACCUCGAGUGCUCUUUUCAAGGUCAGGAACUCUCUAUCAGAGGCCCAGACAGGCGCCGCACGAGACGAGCAUGUCUACCAUGCCGGAACAGAAAGGCACGGUGCAGUGGACUUACGCCAGCCUGUCAGAGAUGUCUCGACCUCGGGUUCAAAUGCAUCUACGAGUCCCCUGCCGCUGCUGCUGCUGUGACGAGCAGACGCGUUGUAGUACCCUCUCGUGUGCAUAACUCGUCACCCCCCACCAGCACUCCUCCAUCAAACGUGCUGCUCCCGCAGUCGCCACGGGCCAACAGCAGUGAACCCAGGACCUCGGAGAACAACCCAGAGGAUAUCUCCAGCUUUCCAUCAGACUCGCAGUCAUUGCAAGCGCUAGACGCAUUCUUCCAGCACCUUCAUCAUGUCCCAGUAUUUGCCUUUUUGCACAAAGCCACGGUCAUGGAGGACUACCGUGCUCGCGUCCUCGACAGGGCACUUCUUCUCGCACUGGCUGGCAUCACUACUGCUCUCAUGGACGGUGGACCCGACGGGAGAGAACGAGGGUCUACCUAUGUGGAUCUCGCCGAGUCUAUCGUCGUCAGCGGGCGAGAAGAGCCAGGCCUUGCUCGGGUGCAGGCUCUGAUCCUGAUCAUCAAGUUCCGCGAGUACCAGGCCCGCUUCUCCAGCGUCUUCAUCCUGACCGCCAUCGCCAUGAGGUUUGCAAUGGCCCUGCGGCUCAACUACGAGGACCACAGCAUGCACCCGCUCACCCGUGAGGUCCGCAGGAGGGCGUGGUGGUCCCUGUUCAUGAUCGACACGCAGGUCGCCAGCGGAUACGAUGACUUUUCUCUGUCCACCGUCGGCCGCGCCUAUAUUCAACUGCCCUGCUCCGAGCAAGAUUUCAGCCUGGGCCUCGCUCGGCCUGUCGAUAAGCUCGAGAUCAACAUAGCUGCCGCUCGCGCUCCUAUCGAGAGUAGUGAGCUCAACCCACUUGCACAGGUCGUGCGCGUAAAGUGGUUGCGGUACAAGACCCUGCAGUCCACCAUACGCAUUGUGGCGACCACGCAAGUGGACCUGGGCGACGAGGUGAAAUCGCUCCAAGAAGACCUGGACGCCUUUUCUGCCCAGCUGCCUGCUGGCCUGCAGCUCUCAGAGCAGAAUGCACGACUGCACGCCUACUGGACUAGCUUCUCUGCAUAUGCCACCAUCCACAUCAUCUGGUUUGCAGUCCGCAUGAUUGUCUAUCGUCUGGCUCUGCCGGGCGUCAAGGAGGCCCUCCCUGGCCAUGUCCUGCGCCGUCUGGAUCCGAGUAUUGCCAUGCACUGCCACACCCGCUGUCUCGAGGCCGCGAAUCUCAUGGCUGACGCCUUGAAACUUUUGCUUGCCUGCAGGGCGAAAACCUCCGUGGUCGACCUGGACCUGGCUAGCUGCACAUAUCAAUGUGCCCGGAUCCUGUUCCACCUA